AUGGCGAGCCACCUCACCACCUCGAAACCCCUCGACGGCUCCUCCUUCUCCGGCUCCCUCAUCUCUCCUACCCGCUCGCGAGACCGUCGUGACUCCAUCAAUUCUGUUUCUGUAAGCUCCGGUCUCGAAAAGGAGCAGCUGGCGCAAGCCCUCGACCAGAUACAUACCACGGCCAGCCGAACCGAUUCGCUGACCCUUUUCAACGAGUUCAACCCUCCUCCGGUUGUCCCCCAGGACACGGAGAGCCGGGGAACGGUGCAGCAAGGCCUCAGUGGGCUCUACAGCCGACUUCGAGUCGCGGUUGGCGGCGGCAGCUCGUCCAAGGCUGCUCAGCGGGAAGACGAUGCCGACAAGCUAGAAAACCUGGCCCGAAAGUCCUCAGCGAGUGGCGAGGGGCACAGGUCGAAGCCGUCCACAUCUUCUCUGAGCCGCACAGAGACCGCGGCGACUGCAUCCACCGCAUCGUCUCAGCAUGUGCAGCCAGAUGCAGUCUCUCCCACAACGCCCGGCCCUGCGGACGGCCGGCCGCAGAUGCCCUCCACGGCCAAGUCUGGAAGCAUCAGCUUGAUUGGCGGCUCUAAAUCUCAUCCAUCUGGUCGGCAGAGCCUCCCGACAAACGCCACAAGCGAUGUGACUGCUGAUCCCACCAUCACCUCGGCGAGAAAACGUGAGCCAAGCCGUAGUUCUGUCCACACUGAAGACAGCGGGACCCAGGGUUCGCGACGAAGAAGCACUAGCAGAGCCGAUUUUCAAACGCGACUUCCUCCCGUCGAUUCUCCAGAUGGCAGCAUUCCGUCAAGGUCGCCAGAAGACGAGAGCAUAUCCAGCAUGGAUGGGGGAGGCGUCGAGGCCCCGUUGAGCCCGGUCAAGGGAAAGACACCUCUGUCGCCGUUGCAGACUCUCCACUCGCGAAGUCCCUCUGCGGCGUCGUCUCUGCUCUCCCCCGUCGAUGAUGUCCGGCGGAAGCCGGCUAUUAUUGAUCGUAUCAGCCAUGCAAAUCGCCUGAGAUAUCCGGCCUCGAGGGACUCGUCAGUGGAUCGCGGAACGGCUGAGGCCAGUCCCAUUAGCACAUCUGCUCACAACAUAGUGCAUCAUAAUUCUUUUUCUCAAGAGUCCAACCCUCAGCAUUUGCGCACCGGUGACGUCCGCAUCCCAGGCACCACGGCGAGCCACCAGGGAGCGACCGAUCAGAUGAAUGCCCAGCUAGACAGAAUGCGCAGGCAGAUAUUAAGCAAGGAGUUUUGGAUGAAGGACGAGACAGUAAAAGAAUGUUUUCUUUGUCAAGCUCAGUUCACGGCGUUCCGGAGGAAGCAUCACUGCCGGACGUGCGGCUUCAUCUUUGACUCCAAGUGUACCGUGGUCAUUCCAGGCGACAGAUUUGGCCUUCCCGGCACUCUCAGGGUGUGUAAGCGCUGUCUGGACGUCAUCACUCGGCGCUUCGACGCCAGUGCCUCUGAGGACUCUGGAGAUGAGCAGUCUUAUCUACCAAGGAUAUUCGGCGCAGAAGACCCCAGGAGGGCGACCCUGUCCUUUGCGCAGCACUCCAGAGAGCAGGAGAUAUUUGAGGGUUCGGGGUCUUCGAGGCCAGUCACGACUCCGAUGAUGACGAUACCCGCAACCCGUCGACUCAAAGAAUCGAACAACACCUCCUCUGUCCUGGAAAUUGGCGCCCCGCAGCUGAGUCGGCCGAGUUCGUCACGCUCUCUGAGGUCCCUCUCCUCGGUUCGGCCGCAAUCAUCGGCCGGCCAUAAGAGGCACCAUUCAAAGCAUGGGUUGCUCGGGAGGAUUAAGCCUGACCAAGCUCCCUUCAGGAGAGGCAUUCAGGAAGAAUAUGCAAAACGAACAAAGUUCCCUGCUUUCCACGACGACAACAUCAUUGAUCCGGAGUUGGCGGACUUCAUGUCGGAUGACUCAAGCGGUGAUGAUGAGCAGCAGAUUGGCAGUAUCUUUGAGACUCUCAACUCGCCAACCGAGGUGUCUCCCACCUCCUACGAGCCGGACAAGUCGAAUCUCUCAGCGCUCGUGAACACAUCCAGAAAACCCCACCACCGCCAUAGAGGAGGCGAGAAGAGCAUCAGUGGAAUGAGCCACUUCAGCCGAAGCGGGUUCGGACUCGAUGAGCUGGCACCUGGUUUCUCCAGCCAUCGUAGGACAACGCGACGCCGCAAUCUCAGCGUCAGCGGUAGCGUUCAUCACUUUGGAUCCCCACGCCCCAAAUCCGUUUACAAGGGGCCGUCGGCGUCUUCUGAGAUGUUGUUCCCCGGAGAUAGCUCGCUUCACCCAAACCAUAGCGGCACUCAAUUGGUUAGGAGCCACUCUCUGCAGAAGCUCAAGGCUGCCAAAACCAAGCUCAACGAAUCCAGCUUGAAGCAUGUCGACAAGCUCCUCUACCAGCUCCUAACUGACGACAAUAUUCCCAACCCUGCGGCCUGGCAGAAAGCGCUCGUUCCUAUCCUUCUACAAGCCACCGACGAUGUAUCACCCGACGUCGCAAACGGCGAAUCCAUGGACAUCCGAACCUAUGUGAAGCUCAAGAGAAUCCCGGGAGGCAAGCCCGGCGAUACAUCCUACAUCUCCGGCAUAGUCUUCACCAAGAAUCUUGCGCUAAAGAGCAUGCCACGCAAAAUCGCAAACCCGAGGAUCUUGCUUGUCGGAUUCCCGAUUGAGUACCAGAGACACCAGCAGCAAUUUAUGAGCUUGGAGCCGGUCAUUGCACAGGAGAAAGAGUUUCUGAGAAUUGUGGUCCAGAGGAUCGCAGCCCUUAAGCCUCAGGUUCUGCUCGCCGAGAAGGCCAUCUCUGGCUUGGCCUUGCAGUAUCUCUCCGAGGCCAACAUUUCGGUGGCCUUCAAUGUCAAGCGGUCAGUCAUUGCCGCCGUCGCCCGCUGCACAGAGACCAAAAUCAUCGAGUCCCUUGACAUGUUGGAAGCUCAGGUCGGGAGAUGCAGUGCCUUUGAAGUCCGCACGUUUGUGAACAAUGACUAUCCAGGCCGAAAGAAGUCUUACAUCUUCCUUUCUGGGUGCAGACCCGAGCUCGGCUGCACCAUUACUCUUCGAGGAGCCAGCGACGCUCUUCUCGCCAAGAUGAAGUACAUCACCGACUUCAUGGUCUACGUCGUGUACAACCUCAAACUUGAGUCGAGUCUUUUACGGGACGAAUCCGUGGAGCCGCCUGAUGCCAACGAAGCCGCUUCAAUGUCCAAUUCCUUCCAAGCAUUGAACGAUAGUAUCCGGUCGCUGAGCUCGGCUGGCCAUACGACCGGCGGCGGCGGCGGCGGCAGAAAUGGCCCAAUUGUUGUGGUCAACCAACCCUCGAGUGAGAGCGAAGCGCCCACACAGACUACAAUGGAAAGCUCGAGCUUCGGGGGCACCGAUGAAGCUCAAUCGCAGCCUCCGGUGGAACAAGUGCCUUCUGAACCCCCCAAGCUGCUCUCGUUGCACGAUGCUCAUGCCCACGACUCUACAUUCAGCCAGGUCCCAGAUGAUGUCCCGAUGCCGACAUUCUACAGCGACAUGGUGGCCAAGUAUGAAACCAAGAUUCUCUCGGCAUCGCCAUAUGUACGGUUCCCUCAGCCGUAUCUUCUCAUGAAAGCUCGCGAGCAAGAAAGACGCCUCCUGUAUCUCAAACGCCUCAGAGACCAGGACAUGAUUGAAGAGAAUCUGGAGAAGAACGAACCUCCAGAGUUCCAGCUUAUCAAGCCCGAGAUGGUCGAAGAGCUGGGUCGGAGGGCGCCUCGUCAGAUCAUGGAAAUCCUCCACGCCGUACAUGACGCCGAGUACGACAAGGCGCUUUACAACUACCAGACGCAAACUCGCCAGUGGGAGACGUAUAUCCAGGGCAAUCUGGACUUGUUUGAUCCUUACUCUCACCAAAACAUCAUCAUACUAUACUCCGUCAUCUGCACUGAAACAAAGAUUCCCUGCACGGAGCCCAGCUUAGUCGGCAUCAAUUUCUACGAUGAGCAGCGCGAGGACACUAGUAUGGAUCCGGACUGCACCCUCGGCCAAUAUAUCGAGUAUCUGAUAAACAGCAAGGACGAGAUUUGCGACUCCAACGGGUGCGAUCGCAAAAUGUCCCAGCAUCAUCGUACUUUUGUCCACGACCAGUUCCGAAUCACCGUGUUCGUAGAGCAUCUGCCGAACGCUCCGCCGAGGUCACCAGAACUGGGCGAUGGAAUAGUCAUGUGGACUUAUUGCAAGAUCUGCCAGAAGGACUCAGAGGAGAUAGCAAUGUCUGAGACUACUUACAAAUACUCGUUUGGGAAGUAUCUGGAGCUCCUUUACUGGGGUCGCGGCUUGCGGAUGAAGGAUGCCAUGGAAUGCCCUCACGACCAUCAAAAGGACCACGUUCGCUACUUUAGUCUACAUGAUUCUCGUGUUCGUAUUCACUGGGAUCCCAUCGAUCUUCUCGAGAUCAUUGUCCCUCGAGCUCGACUCACCUGGAAAGUGAGCAACGACUUGAAGCUCAAAAAUGACAUUUACGCCAAGAUGGAUGAGCGCUGGGCGAAGUUCAUGGCAACUGUGAUAGCUCGGCUCGAGAGCAUCAGGAUCGACAGUGUUCUCCCCGAGAAGGCCGAGUCUUGCAAGUCUGAGCUGGAACGGCUGAUGCAGAAGGCCAAAGAGGAUCAGGUCCUCAUGGUACAGCGCCUACAGGAGAUAUACGUGAAUUCCAAGUACUACGAGGUCGUUCCGUUCAACAUUAUCGUUCGAGAAAUGUUGGAGACAGCUAGCGAAUGGGACCAAAUCUUUGCCACGUUCGAGGCCGAUUUUUUGGGAGACAAAGAUAUGCGGCAGCUUACAAUGCUACAGCUCAAGAAGAUGUUCACCGACAACGAGUCCAAGGAAUCGCUUGUGUCCACGGAGGGAACUGGAUCUGCGGGAGACAGCGAGGAACGUCCAUCCCAGACCUUUUCUGAAACGGAGGAGAAGCCGACGCAGUCGACGGACCCCGCCGACGGCAGUAUGGAGGCCAGUGUCGCCUCUGCGAAGCCGGCUGAAGAGAAGCCCGACAUGGACGGCAACGGCCCGGCCCCGUCUACCGAGGAUAAGACUGAGCCUAUCAAGCCGUUGGAGUCGGCCAAGACAGCACCUGCCGCGAUUCCUGAUUCCCAAGCUACAACCGACGGUGAUGGUGUCAAACCUGUGGUCAUAACGACACCGGCUGAGGCAGCGCCAACAGCACAAACACCUGCAUCACCCGGCAGGAUGGCUAGAAGCCCCACGAACUCGUCCAUCUCUGGGCAGUCGCUCAGCGAAAAGGUCGAGGCCAGUCGGCGUGACAAAUCUAUGCAACCGAGGCCGUCGCAGGAGUCCAGCGAGCGGCCGGCCGAUGUGGAAACACACAGGCAGGUCUCCGAACAAGGCGCCCGACGGAAAUCUGCUACUACCAGCACAUCGCCUCCGAUUACGAGAACUAUUUCACAGCCAUCGCGGACGCUGUCUAGGCUGCAGUCUCUCGGCAAAUCGACCGGUCCCUCUGACGUUGUACCAAAGUCUCCCGAGCCAGAGCAGCAGUCAGAGGGGGGCUCCAUCAAGUCAGAGAAGAAACUCUCCGAGCGACUCGGCUUGAACGUGUUGAAGAACCGAGGGAAAAUGGCCGGAUCAAGUAUUCCACGUCUUGUCGCGAAGAAGAGGGAAUCAAAGGUGACCACACUGGCGAAACAUUUCGAACAGCUCAGCAGGGAGUUCAGCAGAGAGUUUGAGAAGGAGCGCAUUCGAGACCGUAAGAAGCGCGCGGCCAGCAUGCGAAACCCUCGUCCCAUGCUCCCCAAGACGUCCACGCAAGCAAUCGUUCAAGUGUACGACAACGUCAACGAGGCAUUUGACGAACCAGCCCUGACAAGCGAGCCAAACACGGAGCAAGACAUUGAAUUGCAGGAUGCGGCCUCGUCCCUUCCAGGGGGCAAGUCGGAAGGAUCAGCCAAGCUAGAGGUGCAGACUGCACCGCCAACCCCUGGCGAGCCUGCUGUACCUUUGGAUGGCCAGCCCCGAUGGGACGAAGACACCACCAACGUGAAUACGAGUCAGGGCAUUUCUGACGACGAGGGCGGUGGUAGUGACGCCGAACCCUCGGUAACUGAUGAGUAUAUGCCCGACAUCAAAGAAAUGGCCGAUUCCAAUGCUGAAGUCCCACUGGAGCUUCCCAAGCACCAAAAGAUGAGUCUGAUGAAGUACUUGGCCAACUUUUGGGCUGAACGCUCAGCCAGCGGGUGGCCUGCGCUCGAGUACCCUGUCAAUGCCACAGAUCACAUCUUUGUGGACUCGGACAUCAUUGUUCGUGAGGAUGAGCCUAGCUCCGUUAUUGCGUUGGCCCUCAACAGCGACGAUUACAAGGAGAAGCUGGCCAACAUUCGCCGAGAUGCCCACCAGACGAUGCUCCGUGAAGCAGACGGUGUGCCGGAUGGCAAGGUGGACGGCAAGGUGGACGGCAAUGUGGAUGGCAGUCAUGAUGGAGAUGCUGAGCGUGAUAUUGAUGGUGACAUGGACGCUGGUCCCAAAUCGGCGCCGGCAUCAGACAGCGCAGAAUGGGCCACUGACGAGAGUGAGCUGGAGAAGAGCUUACUCCGAGCCACCGGCACGCACCUCAAGUAUCAGUUCAAGGAAGGCGCCGCGGUUAUGACUUGUAAGAUUUUCUACGCGGAGCAAUUUGAUGCGCUUCGACGAAAAUGUGGUGUUGCCGAGCGCAUCGUGGAAUCAUUGUCGCGGUGCCUGCAAUGGGAUUCAAAGGGCGGUAAAACAAAGUCUGUCUUCUUGAAGACGCUGGAUGAUCGGCUCGUCUUAAAGUCCCUUUCCACAGUCGAGACGUCUGCAUUCUUGCGGUUUGCUCCAGGAUACUUUAGCAUCAUGGCUGAGGCACUCUUCCACGACUUGCCGUCGGUGAUUGCAAAGAUGAUGGGAUUCUUCCAAGUCGUCAUCAAGAAUCCGGUGACGGGCACGGAUAUCAAGCUGGACCUGCUCGUUACGGAGAACCUGUUUUACGACCGAUCUCCAACGAGAAUCUUUGACUUGAAGGGGUCGAUGCGCAACCGCAAGAUUCAGUCGACGGGCGAACAAAACGAAGUCCUCUUGGACGAGAACAUGGUGGAGUACAUUUACGAAUCUCCCCUAUUUGCGCGAGAACAUUCCAAGAAGCUGCUGAGGGCGUCCGUUUGGAACGACACGCUGUUCCUGGCGCGCCAAAACGUGAUGGACUACUCGUUGAUGAUUGCAGUUGAUGAGAAGAGAAAGGAGCUGGUGGUGGGCAUCAUCGAUUGCAUCAGAACGUACACGUGGGACAAGAAGCUCGAAAGCUGGAUCAAGGACCGGGGCUUUGCAGGCGGUGGCCGGAAUAGGCCGACCGUGACCAGUCCGAAGGAAUACAAGUCUCGAUUCAGGGAGGCCAUGGCAAGAGCUGUCGACGCGUACUUUUCGUAUCGUGGUCGGAGUAGGGGUAAUAUCAACGAGGCAGCGCCGAGAUACCCUAAAUGUUGUAAUCCAGGUCAGCUGGCAUCUUGCUCUGUUGCCAAACAGCAGUUUACCCUAAUGUCGAUUGACCUCAACUGGGAGACGCUGACGACGGGCCCGGACGGCGAGGCGCUGGCCGAGAGCAUCCGGACCUUCAUCCACAGCAAGUUCCAGACGGUGCAGCUGCCGCGCUUCAUCCGGUCGGUCAACGUGCACGGGUUCGACUUUGGGACGAUUCCUCCGGAGCUGGAACUGAAGGACAUUACGGACCCUCUACCGGACUUCUACGAGCAGGAUGAUGAUGACGACGACGACGAGGGCGACAAGGACGAGGAUGACGAAGCUGGGGGGAGCGGCGGGGAUGAGAAGAGCCUGGCGGAGAGGGAGCGGGAAAAGGACAGGGAAAAGGAACGGCUGACGGCGGCGAUGAUGGAGGCGAGGAGGAGGGAGAAUGGCCUGCGGGAGCUGAGCAUGAACAUGGGAGGCCUGGGCCGGGAGGCGUCGCUGAGCUCGAUCGACAACCUGCAGGCGGUGCUGGGGGCGGGGCAGGACGCGGCGUCGGGGCAGCAGCUGGGCCAGCAGCGGCACAGCAUGGCCAAGUCGGACGUGUCGAGCACGCUGGGCCCGCCGUCGAGGCCGUCUACGAGCCACGGCCCGGCGAGCAGCUCGGCCGUUGACGAUGACGAGGACGGCGACGACGACGACGACAACGGCGCGGACAACGAGAGGAGGCGCGAGCCCCGCGUCGAGGACGUCCAGGCCGUGUUCCGGAUCCGCUACUCGGGCGACGUGCGGCUGAACCUGACGGCUGAGAUCCUGCUCGACUACCCGAUGCCGAGCUUCGUCGGGAUCCCGCUCAAGCUCAACAUCACGGGGCUGACGUUUGACGGGGUGGGCGUGCUGGCGCAUAUACGCAAGAGGGUGCACUUUUGCUUCUUGAAUCCGGAUGACGCGCUUGCUGCGGUUGGGCCGGAGGCGGCGAAGGAGGAGGAGGCAUCGACGACGACAGCAGGAGGAGGAGACUUGCAGGCGUCGUCGUCGGCUGGGAAGAAGCAGCCCGCUGGGAGAUUCGGCGGGCUGCUGCAGGAGAUCAAGGUCGAGAGCGAGAUUGGGGAGCGGGAGAGCGGGCGGCAGAGCCUCAAGAAUGUCGGCAAGGUGGAGAGGUUUGUGCUAGAGCAGGUGAGGAGGAUAUUCGAGGAGGAGUUUGUCUAUCCGAGCUUCUGGACGUUUCUGGUGUGAUG